CAACAGGGGGGAAAGAGAGUCGAGGAGAGAAAGAGAACGAAAGAAAGAAAGGAAAAUAAGGAGGGAAGAAGCGACAGGGACGGCUGUGGAUCGUGUGCCGCUCUGCAGUGCGACAUUCGACGACAACACACGCUCGUUGCUUCCCGUCCCUUCUACGGCGCACCGAGUGCUAAUCAACUUUCGUACACACGCGCGCUCCUCCGCGUCUCCUUCGGUGAUUCCGCUUACGGACCCGUGCUCUCUUCGCCGCCUUAAAAACCGCCGUUUCUCUUUGUUCCCGCGACUCCUUCGACCUCGACGCUGCUCGAAUCCGCGAGUCGAUCGGACGCUGUACGCUCGUCGAUACGCUCGCGCGAGCUUGUCUCGCCUAUACGUAUAUUAUAUACGUGGAAGAAAGUUACGCGACUGUACGGCGAUCGAGGGGAACGUUCGUAAGGGCCGGUUUCUAACGAAGCGGUUUUCUGUCGACUCCGAUCGAGACGGUAGUUCCCUUCGCGACGAUCGAUGUGGUGAACAAGUGAAAAGACGCGUUCCAAGCACGAUCGGCGGAGAUAUUUCAGGAUUUCGUGAAUCGAUUUGCGAGAGAAAGGGAAAAAGAAGAGUCACGGUCGACGUUUUUCCCCGCGCGUCAGAAAAUCCGGCGGUUUGUAAACAGAGAGAGUCUCGACGAGUCACGAAACGAGCAGACCGCUCCUGCUCGCUUUUAUCGACGAUCGUUUCAACGUGCGAAUCUUGUGCGAAGAAAAACGUAAUCCGACCGGCCGAGUGCAGUGUUGGCGAGACGCGGACGCAUCGACGGAGGAGGAUGUGCAGGAGGUCGGCCUGGUGAUACAGCCUGGUCGAUGUCUUCCGGGCGACGGUCACGUCACGGACGGGAUGCGAGACACGAGCCACGUGAAUGUUGUACGCCGUUGAACCUUCCUUUCCGCCAGGCGAAUUAUUCUGGACCGGCAUGGAACCCGUGAAAGCCAAAAUGGCUCCUACAGGGAUGCCCCCAGUCACCGGUGUUCUACAGCCGCCCACGGGAUCGACUCUGUCAGGGAGCACGAUAGCAAACUACAAGAAAAGCUGGUGGAGAAGAGUGGCCUCCUGCUUGGCGUUUCUUGCCGCUUUUUCCACUGCCAUGUCCUUGCUCCUCGUUUGGAGCGAGGCCGCGGCCUUGAGGAGGCAGGCGUUCGACGCCAACAUGACCAGAGACUACGUGUUGAACAGCGUCUCGAUGGACAAUCCUGAAUUAGUCGCGUACAUCAGAGAGGUUCAAUUGAAGCCAACGACGCAGCAGGAUCCGUCGAACGCCACUCAAACCACGGAGGAGAGGUACGUGGCGGGUCUGACCGAGGGAAAACGCGAGGGCGUGUACGUGGAGUACAUCAGCAGGAUAGGCGCCAUUUCCAGUACGGGCUGGUUGGAACGUAACUUAAGUUGGAGAGGCGUUCUGAUCCUGACUGAUCCCAGAAGCUUCUUCGAGGCGCACAGAAGCACCAGAAAUCCAAAGACCAGAGUUCUUCACGCUUGCCUCAGUACCGACAAGGAUACCAAAGAAAUUACCUAUCAUCAAGAAUCCGAGGUUCAAGUUACCAAGUUAGGCGAAGGGCCGAAUAGCCUUGUGUCGUCGGACGAGGGUUUGCCGACCACGAGAUUGAAAUGCUUCCCUUUGUACAGUGUUUUAUUGGCGUACAGCGCCACUACCUUGGAUUACCUGAGCCUAGAUAGUCCGGAUGCGCAAGACAGUCAGGUUCUGGAUACGAUCCCCUGGGAGACGACCAGGAUAUCCGUGGUGUCUAUCCGCUGGAGUCCUCAUCAUAGCGAAACCGAGACGAAAAGCCUGAUCGAUAAGAUGACUAGCAGACGAUACAAGCUGAUGUACACGACCGACACUGGGAACUUGAUCUUCUUGUACAACGCGUUGCUUAAGAUUUGAACUUGCUUGACUAGGCUUGCUUUCCACCGACACAGGACCGUGUUCUACGUUCCUUCGUGCGUUUUUAAAGAAACACGAGCUCCGACAGCGAUGAGAAAUAUCUUUUUUUCGAGUAAAUGAAAAAUUGUUCGGGGAACGGCGUUCGUGACUUUCCUUUAAUCAUCGACUUCGUCGUCGAAACAAAGGGAACACGAACUCCGUCGUCGAACGUAUCUUUUAUCUUCUAUAAAAAUAUAUUUCUUACCGCGCGUGUGCGUAUCGGAUCGUAGAAUGGCCAAGACUUUUCGUUUUCGUCCGUUUAAAUCCGUUUGAAUACAUCGAUACGCGUCUAGUAUCGACUAGCCGUUUCUUCUUCUUCUUCUUCGUUUAUCUUUUCUUUUUCCGCGACAAAGACUGAGUCGAGAGUUAUUUCCCCCAAGUAUAGUUAUCCACGAGAACGCUGAUCGACCAGAGAGUCUCCGGCGUCGAGCCUCCUUCCGACGUACGAUUCGACGAUCGAUCGUCGUUUUUUGGUGCGAACGAGCUCGUGCGCGCUUUGCUUUACGGCGAACGAAGGAAAAGAAUCAAGAGGAACAAGUGUAUUUAGUUUGGUAUUUUCGUAUUUUCGUAUUUUCGUAUUUUCGUAUUUUAGCGUAGAUUCGUUUUAAUCUAGCGUCGAGCCAGUGUCGGAUCAGGACGAUACUGGCGCGUUUUACGAAUAACGUAGACUUUAUUUUGUCAAAGAUCGACAGCAUCGUGACCCGGUAUCCACCAAAAACGAUCGUUACUCGCGAUUUAACGAGCGCUGUCACAGUGAUAACGGAUUUGAUUACCUACACCACGGGCCUUAUUAGCACGUAAGUCGAUACUUAACUAAGCUAUACUAGGAUACGAUAAACUGGUUGUCCUCUGCUCCUUACCAAGGGCUCUAUCGUGCCCCUUUAUCCAGUCUUUCGUAGGAUCCCAGCAGUCGUUGCUUUUACGACCAGGAUAAAGUAGGUUCUUUAUUGUAGGGCGGGGGCGGGGACGGGCAGGGUUUCCAAGUUACUCGACACCAAUCAUAUUCGAGCUCAAAAUUGCCAUCUGCUCGCUUUCUUUAUUGAUUUUUCACGAUGGUCCUUACCGUUCUUGGCCUACGGCUUAUUCUCCGACCCGCAAGCAAGCGAUCGCUUUUGUUCUAUUUUCUCUUAGGAUACGGAUACGGCCGUUGACCAGCUUUUGUCAUUUUGCGCGAAAGACCUUCGGCUAUCUCGAGAAAUUUGCCGUUCUGAGAAACGAACGAAUAUUCCACCUAGAUUGGAACGUUCUUCGAGUUGAAACGAUCUCUUACGCUUCUUACGAUGACCACCGUAGCAGCAGAGGAAAUCCGGUGGUACGAACGCGUCCAACGCGGCGCUUUAAGCAAAACGAUACCCGAUUACAGGGGGCGCGAUACUUAAUUACGCUGUUCUCACGAUAAACUUAGCAGGGUUUAUCGGUCGUCUGGUCAUGGCCAUCGGUGUUGAGCAAAUGGCAAUUUAUUUUUGACCAGCGUCUCCGUCCGAUGGUUUCGAU